AUGCGGAUGGUCUGCUUCCUUCUCAUUGCACUGCUGGGCUGCCCACCCUCUUCAAGUUUCCUCCUCGGCCAUCUUGCCAGCUUCUUCCGGCACCACAACCACACGCAGCACACUGCUGCAGAGGAGCCCAUCAACCGCACAAACGUCCUUGCUGCUGUGAGCCGCCAUGUGAAUUGGGCUUUGCAGAGGCUGUGGUUCGAUGACUCUCAAGGGGCCGAGGGGCUACAGGCAGACUCUGUGUCGGCUCAGAACAGCAGCGACGAGGACACGUCUACAGGUGAACACGCGUCCGAGGACCUAUCUCUAAGGCCUGGCCAUCAGGGCAGGAGGGCAUUCGGAGCUGUGCCCUCUCUCCUGCAAAUCGGACACAGAGGUGAGGAAGGCCAUGCAUGGAGGGACAAAACGAUUGACUGACUCACUCAUGUCAUGUAUGUGUGAUACUACAUUCUCUGUAUGUAAUGCUCAGCGAGGCGUGCUCGGGGAUGGAGGAAGCUGGUGCAACAGACACACAGGCCUGAUGUGACGGAGCGACAGUGCAGCAGCAUGAUGGACGAGGGGCUCACUUACGUUGGCCAGCGGGUGUUCGUCAGGCGGGGUGAGCGCCGCAAUGGUGUGAUCCGGUGGAAGAACUACAAGAGGGUCAGCAGCCUGGAUGCAUCGCUGGUGCCGAAUGACACGGCCAGGGUACCCAUAUUCUCUGCGGGGUGAGUUGAGUGAGAGAGGGAAAGACAACCGACCGCUAUUGGCCAAAGACUGUUAAAUUCAGAUUGGGUGUCACCUUCCCUCUUUCACCACACCACAUUCCCUCAAGACACAGGCGGCAUGUUUGUCUGUGCUGAGUACCCGAGACCUCGAUGGGGACGAGGGCUGGACGAUAUUUGUGCUCUUCAGCACGCCCAGCCCCUCCUCCCUGGCAUCAGUGUUACUGGACAGGACCACGGGGCUCCAGGUGGUCGUGCAGAGGGAUAAGGGCGAAGGGCAAGGGGGGCCGGUGCAUUUUGGCUUGCGAGUGGGCAACGAUUCUGUGGUGGUGCCCACAUCCACUGACCUCCCUGUGAUGCACGCUAUCGUCAUCCGGUUGGUGCCAGACCCAACAGACACACCGAAGCUCAGAGUAUGAAGGGAAAAGAAGAGCGACAAACGCCACAAAGGCCAAGUAAGUGUGCUGCCGUUAUUUCUGUAGGUGUGGGUCUAUCGUGAGAGAUCCCUCUUGACGGCAGAGGAGGGCGACUGGAUCACAGACAGCCGUGCGAUUGAUUCUCUCCACCGGCGGGGGCCAUUCGUUGUCGGAUGUGACCUUUACGGCCACCAUUGCCUCCACGGUAUGUCUUACACACAACACAGAAGAACGAGAUAGUCCGCGGGAUAGCGUCCACGUGAUUCGAUCAGGUUCCAUGCGGUCGCUAAUGGUCCGUUUCCGUCCCUUGACUGGUGACCAAGUCAUCAAAGGGAUGGACGAAAUGGACGCCAUUCUAGGUAUGUAUGAGAAUGAAUAUCGAAGAGAAUUCGCGGGAAAGAGAGAUUUUUGACCUCUUUCUUUUCGUUGUCCUGUCCCUUUUCAGGCCGAUCUGGUUACUGCGGCAACGGCGUUGUAGACGGAGGGGAGGAGUGCGACACGCCAGAAGAUGACGGGACGUGCUCCAUCGGAUGCAAAAGUGACAGACAGACGACACAUGCAGAGACCCCAGAUACAUACACCAAUGAUAUAUAUGGGGUUGUAUCAGAGUUGUGUGAGCCAUGGUUUGAGUACGAGGCCGUCCACCAGCUGAAUCGGCACUACAUAGAGCUUGAGGGCCCAAAAACGACGCCAACACGGAUGCCGGGCGAGACACGGACACUGCGGUGCCAUCUCGGAUACAGCCCCGGACAUCGGCAUACGCACACGCAGACGAUCGUGUGCGAGCACGGCAGGUGGACGCCGCCGUCGCUCAACUGCAGACGUAGGCCUGAAGUCAGGCCAAUCCAUUCUCUCUGCGAGUCACCUCCCUUGUUGCUUGCAGGUGACUUCGCCUUGUCCUAUCAGCUGAUAGCUCCCCGUGACCUGCAUGUCUCCAACCACACGCACGACAAGCGGCAUGGCACAGUGGUGGAGGUGUCAUGUCGCGAAGGGCUGCAGCUGGGCGAGGGCGUCCCGAGCGGCCCCCGGCACGUCAAGUGCAUUGACGGAGAGUGGACCAGUCCGGGACUCCAAUGCUUCGGUCAGUGAGCAGCUCUGACAUCGAUGACAGACAGCACAGCACACACCAGAUUCCUUUUUCUCAGCUUCGUGUGGGGGGUAUCCUGACCUUGGUCCCCACUACCGCAUCGAGGGUGGGUCAGGCAGCGUACGGCAUGGUGCCGUGCGGACUGUGACGUGCAGAGAGCCCUACCGGUCGACAUCAGGCGCUGACAGCGCUGUCGUGUACUGCUCACACGGCCGAUGGACAGAGCUGGACCUCAGCUGCGAAGGUGAGUGAGUACCACGGAUCAGCAAUUGAUUCCCAUUGACGCUGCUUGUUCUGCAGCCCCGUGUCCGCGGUACGAGGCCCCGUCACCCCCUUGCGUGGUUGUCAACACGUCUCGGGCCAACCACACCAGCCGCCCGCCGAACAUGCACCUGGGUGACGUGAGGCAUCAGGGGGGCUGGAUAGAGAUCGGCUGUGACAGGCGGAUCUCCGCAGCAUCGUGUCACAAAUUCGGCCAGGACUGCGCGGCCGACCCGCAGCGGAUUUGGUGUUUGGGGGGCAGGUGGCAAAAACUGACGCUCUCAUGCCACUGUAAGCCAUCCGCUACUGCUGCAUCCUAAUGAUGAGUCCUGUAGCCCCUCCCUCUGUGCGUCUGUCUGCAGACAACUGUCCUGGUUUGGAGGACUUCAAGAUCACCAACACCCGUGCGCGGCCGGACCUUUCUUGGCCCCGCUACACUCUCAAGUACGGCGGCAACCGCCAUGGUGACGUGACUGACCUCACCUGCAGCGACGGAUACGUGCCGGUCAACCGAGACAUGACUGCUCAGCAGGUCCGGUGCUGGGAAGGCACUUAUGACGUCAUUCGUCUAGACUGCAGGGGUCAGCUAAUGAGAGAGAUAGAGAGAUAGAGAGAGAGAGAGAGGCAAAGGUGUGACGCAAGUGUGUACGCCAUGUGUGUGGUGUGGUGUGGUGUGGUGUGCAGCCGAGUGUUUGUCGUCGGUGCCGCUUCCUCUGCGAGGCUACGUGCAGAUCGGCAGUGACAUCCGGCACGGCAGCCGUCGUGUGGUGCAGUGUGACGAGGGUGAGGGCUACGGCAGCAUCAUUCCCAACAUGACGCAGGAGACGCUCUACUGCAGCGAUGGAUACUGGUCCCCACACUCACUCCAAUGCAGAGGUCGGUGGGUGACAAAUUUCAUGGAUGCACGGACGUCUCAGUCGCACCGUCGUGUGGUCUCUGUGCUGUGUGCUGGCUGUGUGUGAUUGAUUUGUCUGUCUGCAGUGUGGUGUGAGAGUCAGUACCUGCAGGAAAUUUGCCAACCUGAGCAGGACGAGUGCACAGGCCCCUACCGGUUCGAGCCGCCUCUCACCAUCGCCGACACAUAUCCCUCGCAAUUUUCAGUCGACGUGCGGUGAGGAUUCUUCAGUGCUGCCUGCAUGCCUGUAUCUCACUGGGCUCGUGUGUCAGGUGCAAUGACGCGGAGGGCUAUGUGCCGACGUCCUUCGAGCCCACCGGCAACACCUCCCAGAUUGACACGACAGAGACGCUCAGGUGUCUCGGCGACCCUGCAAACCCUUCACACAGCUGGUCGGACCUCACUCUACAAUGCGCUGGUGAGCAGAUCGUGUAAUGCGAGAGACAAAGUAAGUGAUUUUGCUGUUGUGUCUUUUCUCCCAGCCCCCUGCGUGACGGAUCACCUGCUGCGUCUCGGGCAGUCGAUUGUGCAGCGGUGGAUAUACGCGUCAGAAGAAACGCGGGUCAUCAACGGCAGGCUCACUGGCGACCAGGAGAUCCCUUCUUCCGUCUACCACAACGCCCGGGUGGAGCUGACGUGCGCUGAGGGUUUCAACAGCAGGUUCCUCAAUGGCAGUGGGUAUCCGACGAGACAGAGGUCGCUGGUAGAGUGUCGGAACGGCCAGUGGACAGACGUCGAGCUGGAAUGUGCCGGUGGGUGGGCUCGAAAGGGGGGCUCUUGUCUUGUCUGUCAUGUGUGUGUCUCUCUCUAUUGUGUGGUUGUUGCUGCCAGCCUCCUGCAAGGAGUAUGAGUAUCCCGGUGCUGGGUAUGAAGUGCAAGAGCUCCCCUACAUUGGGGCCCUCUUCCACGGCGCUCGCCGGGUGCUGCGGUGCGACCCACUUGUGGCCUCCGCUGCUGGAAACACGACUGAGGAUUCUCUGGUGUGCGUCAACGGGGUCUGGACACGAAAGACCAUCACAUGCAAAAGUAGGUCUGCCCCACGAACACACGAGAAACAGACAGCACAUUGCUUGAUGUCAUAUGCAUUGACGUUGUGAGUGUGCAGGGAGCUGA